GUCUGCAUUUGAUGCACAUCAUUUGCAAUUUGGAGCAAUAUUUUUCUAAAUAAUAAUUUUAGUGAUUCAACGCGUGUAUCACAAAUAUUGCUGGAAAGAAAAAGCUAGGUGUGAUACAGAAUUGGCAGAUGGACGAACACGUCCCAUCCCUACACCCUUUUAAGCGUCGUUUACUACACAAUACAUUGACAAGACCUUGAACUCGAGACAUACUAGUUACAUACUCACAUUUGCCCGUAUGAACGCCGCUGCAAUUCAAACAAUAUUGGUUAAACUUUGUAAUACCUUACAUAAACUUUAUGUAUGCAAUAUGUUGAUAAUAAGUAGUUCCACAGCCGCGCCUACCUUUCGCAUUAUUCGUGAAGUCUACGAAAGCACCAAUGCACAUGAACGCUUUGAAGCUGAAUUGGACAAAGCGUUGGAGGCUAAAGUGGAUUAUAUAAUUAUUGAACCGCCCAGAUUGGGCGAUGAAACUGGACGUUGGAUAACCGUGGGCAAUUGCUUGUACAAAACAGCUAUUACAUCGGGAGUGGCUUCGCUCAUAUCCAGUUUAAUUUGGCGGGACCGACCAUUCAUUGCCGCGCCUAUGUGUGCUGUAUCGCUUUUCUGUACAGGCUUAUACACAGUGUCAUGGAAUUAUGAUCCCUGCUGCCAGUAUCAGGUGCAAAAUGAUGAUGAAAUCCUUAGCAAAUUACCUCUGGGAGAUGUGUCUGCGCCUGUGAUUUUAGGCUAUUCUCCAAAUACCAAAACCAAGUACUUGCAUCGCAGCGUUACUCUACUUUCAGCAGCGUUCUGUGCAUGGCAAAUCUGGCGGUCAUACAAGUAGCUAAGCUUACGAGCGCUUACUACUAUAGCCUGAAUAGAGUUGCAUGCUUAUACGAAUAAAAUAAAAGUAGAUUGUCAAUGCCGCUAAAUCAAAUAUGUUUGCACAUUUAUAAUUUGUCAUGCAUGCAACCACGCCGCCAGCUCUCGAAAUCGGACCGCAAUCAAAAGUACCCAAUUGUCCACACACAGAUGUAAUAGGAAACUAUGCAGCAGUUAUAAUAAUCGCCAUAACUCAGUGUGGAGCAGAAAAUAUUGCAAGUUAUUCACGGAUAAACAACAUCCUAAUUUUUUUUUCUAUUUAAUAUAAUUCACUAAUUUUUAUUUUAUAAAAUUUUACAAGUAAUAAGAAUGAAAAUAAGUAAAUAACGCGUUAUUAUAAAAAAAAAGCGAAAAUAUAUGUGGAAUUAAUUUGGAAAUCAUUUGAUGAUGUGCCGAUUACAAGGGAUAUUUGAGAAAUUAGUUUUAAAUUCAAAAGUUUCAUUUAGUUAAAAGUUAAAGUAGAAAUGAACAACAAGAAACUAGAUUGUGCAUUCGAAUUUUUAUAGGAAAUUUUUCGUUUAAUAAAUGAUGUAUUCCCUUUAACGCUGCGUUCCACUAUUUCUUCAUUUGCCCCCUUUCAUCAUUUAUUUCCUAGUGUUAUUAAGUACAUGCCAUUACGUGGCCAUGGAACUUCCUCGGUCAUCUGCAUUGUUCUUAGUUGUUGUGUAAAAAAGUGGCGCUCAGCAGCAUUAAACUACAUUCGCAUUGAACAAAGUGUGUAAUUUUGUAUUGUUUUAAUCCA